AUGCCCGCAGAAGGUGUCACUGUUGGCGGCACCUCCGACCAACCUGCAUCGUCGACCGCCUCCCUAUCCACUACGCCGCAGCCUCCUGUCACGGGCGCGACCUCCUCCGAAGAUGCUGGCAGCGAGAAGGAGGAUAUAAAGGCGCAGAAGGGGACAGAGUCAACAUCAACAUCAGAUGUCAAAAUACAGGAAUCACAGGAUGCACCGGAGGAGUGGGACGACUUUGGUCUUCCCAUUCGAUCGCGCUCAAGGCCCCAACGAUCCCCCACUGAUCUCUCCGAAACCGAUCGCCAGUCCGAGCCCGAAGAUAAAGCUGGCAGUCCGACGGGAGAACAAAAAGUGAAGGAGGAGGCAUCGGAAGUGGAAGCGGACGCUUCCAAGGGCAAAUCAGAGCAGGAGACCGAGGUGAAGGAGGCCGAGGCGACUGAGAAAGGGUCGGACACACAACCGGCCCAGGAUGAGAAGAAGAUCGAGUCUCAAGACCGCACUGCUGCAUCCCAUGAGGAGCCGCGCGACGAAAUCGCUGAUCCUCCACCUCCAUAUCGCAAGUCCUUCUCAAAACCAAAGGAUACACAAGUCUCAGAAUGGUCUCACCAACGACUGACCCAGCCUCAGAAUGAGGUCGAGGAAAGUGAGGAAGAGGAAGAAGAGUGGAAGUCAAUGCCUGCUCUGGGAGAAAUGGACUACUACGAUGACUAUGGAAGGCUCAUCGCUCGUGGCGCCAAAGAAGAGGACAACGAUGCCGUGUACCACGGAUUAGGUGGUGCUGGGAAAGGAUAUACUCGAGUUCAGCUUGACGAGGAUGCUCAAUCCGCCACCAGCAUGGACGAGGACACGAGCUAUCUUUUUCGCGAGGUAGCUGGCAACUCCGCAGGGUUCGACGGGGAGGAGCUCCGCGAUACCGUUAGCCAGCUUCAGGCUACGAAGGACCUUCUUAACGAGACACAAAAGAUUGCGUAUGUGGGCGUGGUCCGCCUAACAAUUCACGAGAUGUAUUUGGAGCUCGAGAAGCUACCCAUAACCAAGGCAGCUCGCAAGGUCAUUCUCAAAGCGCAAGAUGCGCAGAGGAAGUGGGGUCAAACGAUGAUGGGGCGGUUAUAUAUGCACAUGGAUAUUAGCCCUGCUGAGCAAAUUAUGAUCGAGCAGCUUGCUGAACAUGGUGUACAGCCUGGAGAUCUGGUCCGCCCGCUCAUGCAGAAUGCGCGUGUCAAGAACCCCAUGGCUGAGAGCGACCCCAAAACCUCAACCUCUGCCCUCUCAUCCCCUACCAUUGGAAAUGGAUCCAGUUCUCGGGUAUCUACAGAGACCGAGACCUCUGAUCUCAGCUCUCCACCACCUUAUAACGCCCAUGCGGAUGAUGAAGAUGUUCCGGAAGUCCACAUUCCGUCUCAAUUGCCUACAUCUGCAAAGAUCGAUAUCGACCUUCGAUGGACGGUUCUAUGUGAUUUGUUCCUCUUGUUGAUUGCCGACUCGACCUAUGAUUGUCGAUCUCGGACUUUACUCGAAAGAGUCGGAGCGACUAUGGAUGUGACUUGGCUGCAAAUCUCCCGAUUCGAGAAACGUGUAACAGACGCUCUCGAAAUGCAAGAAGAAGCUGAGAAAGAGACGUGGGAUGAGUCAGAACACAUGGAGAAUCGCCGAAAGGCCAAUCUGAAGCAGAAGUAUAUGAUCAUGGGCCUUGCAACCGUCGGUGGUGGACUUGUCAUCGGUCUCUCCGCCGGGCUUUUAGCUCCCGUUAUUGGAGCCGGUCUCGCUGCAGGUUUAACCACCGUUGGCCUUUCCGGUACAAGUGCAUUCUUGGGAGGAGUUGGUGGCACGGCGCUUAUUGCUUCGAGCGCUACUAUCGGCGGAAGUGCCAUUGGUAUGAAAGCUUCCCAUCGACGAACAGGGGCCGUCCAAACAUUCGAAUACCGACCUCUUCACAACAAUAAAAAGCUGAAUCUGAUCGUGACUGUCUCUGGCUGGAUGACUGGCAAAGUUGAUGACGUCCGAUUGCCUUACAGUACUGUGGAUCCUAUCAUGGGGGAUAUAUACUCGGUUCUUUGGGAGCCCGAGAUGUUGCGCAGCAUGGGUGACACGAUCAAUAUCCUUGCGACAGAGGCACUCACACAAGGCUUGCAACAAGUAUUAGGCAGUACUAUAUUGAUGGCUCUCAUGGCCUCACUGCAGCUCCCACUCGUUCUCACCAAGCUUGCCUACCUAAUUGACAAUCCCUGGAAUGUGUCGCUGGCUCGUGCCACUGCAGCAGGUCUAGUUCUGGCCGACUCUCUGCAGGAUCGCAAUCUUGGCAACCGCCCUGUUACGUUGCUCGGUUUCUCCCUGGGGGCUCGUGUCAUCUUCUCAUGCCUCAAGGAGCUAGCUGCCAAGGGUGCUCACGGGCUCGUCCAGAAUGUUUAUCUUUUUGGUUCACCAGUCGUGGCCAGCAAGGACGAAUACCUCAAGGCCCGCAGCGUGGUCUCCGGCCGAUUUGUUAACGGCUACUCUAAGAAUGACUGGAUUCUGGGAUACCUCUUCCGAGCCACGAGUGGUGGUAUCAUGCGCGUGUCUGGACUUGGCCCUAUCGAGGGUAUUCCAGGCCUGGAGAACGUGGAUCUGACUGAAACGGUCAACGGUCACAUGGACUACCGUGCGGCCAUGCCUCGUAUUCUUCGGCAUGUUGGAUGGGAGGUUCUUGAAGAUGAAUUCGCAGAGAUCGAAGACCCCGAUCCAGACAACCAUGCCGAAAGACAGCGGGAGCUUAUUCGUGAGAUUGACGAGGCUCGUCGGAAUGCCGAACUGAAGCCCGAGAAAAAGCGCUUUGGCCUAUUUAAGCGUGGCAAGAUGGCAGAGAAGAAAACAUGGGAGACAUAUGAUGUCGAUCGCAACAAUUCGCCGAACAGCCCUGCCGAGCCGAGCAGUGUACCCGGCUCUAUUCUCUUCGACAUCGAAGCCAUUCGAGCUGAAUUGGCCUCCGAAGCGAUCGAGGUCAAGCAGCUAGAAUCUACACUUCCCCCUAUGAAGCUAGAUUUGAACCGUCCAUCAGUUACACAACCCGUGACACCAGUUGAGAAAGAACAAACGCCAAAGGAGCCCGAGCCACCGUCUCUUCCUCGCACAGCGUCAGAGCCGCGGCUGCCCACGGAAGCGCAUCCCUCUCGCACCGCGACUGACCCUGCUCCCCCACGCAUCGAGGAGCCCGUUGAAAUGACAUUUGACACAUCCUUCAACGACACACCCCAACACCACUUUGAUACACCUACAAGGCCCGAAUUGCGGUCCUUAUCUACCAUGCCUAUGGGUAUCGGCGCUACUGCAGUCGGAGCCAUGGCCAUGGAACCCAAUGCCUGGGCCGAUCCUGAUCACGGCCAUGGCCAUGGAGAAGAUGAGAUCCAGAUGACAUUUGAAUAA